GUCAUUUCUUGCUAAAAAUUUCUUUAUAGAACUUCUGAAUUGGGGAUUUUUUUGGAUCUACGGACGAACCAAAGAUGGCUUCUUCAUAUCUCAUGGCUUCCCAAACCCUAAUCCUCAGAAACCCUAACUCUCUCUCUCCUCACAAUCUCACCCAUCUCUCUCUUCCCUUCCCUCCAAAACACCUCCUCCUCCUGAAAGUCUCCAAACCCAGAACCCUCUCUCUCUCCUCACCCCCUAAGGUUUUUGCUUCUUCUUCAUCUUCUGCGACAAUCCCCAACGACCCAUCAACCAGAUCUUCAAACCCAGCUCAAUCAUUACUCGCCGGGUCUACUCGGACAAUCACAACCAUCUUGGCAAUCACUUUCUCAGUUUCAAGACUUGUCGCUUUGAAACUAUCUAGCUUUGCGCUCAAAUUGAAAGGAAUUUGUACAACCCCAACUCCUGAUGAGCUCGCAUCGAUUCAAACCCUUCAAGAUAGCUUGGUUUGCACUGUUGGACCGUUGUUUUUCGCGGCUCUGAAGGACCGUCCCAGUGGGUACUUGAACACUCCAUUGACGGUGGUUGCGUCGGGAAUGUCGAAAUGGCUUGAUAUAUAUAGUGGUGUUUUGAUGGUUAGGGUUUUGCUCAGUUGGUUUCCAAACAUUCCGUGGGAUCGCCAGCCAUUAUCGGCCAUUCGGGACUUGUGUGAUCCAUAUUUGAAUCUUUUUAGGAACAUCAUUCCGCCCGUAUUUAAUACCUUGGAUGUUAGCCCUCUUUUGGCUUUCGCUGUUUUGGGGACGCUCGGUUCGAUUCUCAACAACAGCAGAGGAGCAUAUUGAAGAAGAUUGGCGGGCUUGGUGGGGGCUUGUUCGGUGGCAUUUACUUUAGAGUAUGAAUUAUAUGGUUUUAGUUCAAUUAGUAUUUACCGUUUCAUCAAUCUGUUGUAGUAAAUUUGAUACUAUCAUAUAGUUUUUUUUAUAAUUUUCAGGAUGGAGAAUAUAAUACUAUUGCAGUUGAUAAUGGAACUUGAAUUGUUCUGAUGGAAAAUAAAUUAAGUUUCAUGUAUUUUUUACACCA